UACGAGGCAUCGAGGCGUGAGCAAGGAGUAUAUAGUUGUUUUUACCUACUAUAUAAUAUGCUAAAAGUAGAUCGUACUGUCCGUAGCGUAGACUGCAUGUAGAGUCACAUAUAUUAAUUGUUAAUAAAUCAAGUGUUUCGUUAUUUUAUUGGUAAAUUGUAAUUAUAUAUCAUGUAUUUAUUUGCGUGGAUUUUGGCGAUUUUGGUGAUAAGGGAAGCCAAGUGUAUUGUGAUUGAUUUAAGUCAUGGCUAUCRAAAUCAAUCUACUACCUGUUGGACCACAUCGCAACGGUUCGAAAUAUUUGGAGCUAAGAGAGGCACAGGACCCAAUGGAUGGUAUUCAACACAGAGCUUUUCAAUGUCUGAACAUUGUGGUACUCAUUUAGAUGCACCUUAUCAUUUUUAUCAGGACGGAUGGAAAUUGGAUGAUAUUCCACUGGAACGCAUGGUAGUUGAAGGUGUGCAUCUAAAUGUCAGUCAUGAAGUAAAUGGAAACAGUGACUUUUUACUUACGGUCGAUCAUUUGAAGCAAUGGGAACACGACAAUGGUCCACUUCCACAACGUUCUGUGGUAUUAGUCAAUUUCGGUUGGGCUCAUAAGUUUGGCAAUUAUCAACUGUACUAUAAUAAUGUUACCGAGAGAUCAGUAUUAAGUUUUCCAGGAUUAUCUAAAGACGCAGCACAAUGGAUUGUCGAUUCUAAAAAAGUAUUCGGCCUAGGAGUAGAUGGCCCGAGUGUUGAUCCGGGUAUUUCAACAUCAUUUGAUGUGCACAAAAUACUGUCUAAAGCCAAUUUAUAUAAUCUCGAAAACGUAGCUUUAAAUGGUACGACAUUACCAUCGAGAGGAUUCAAACUUAUUAUYCAACCAAUCAAGAUUCUAGGAGGUACUGGAGGACCUUGUCGGAUAUUAGCUUUUACCAAUAAUACAUUUGAAAAGUGAUUGAGUCUUGACUUAAAUUAUGACAAUAUCAUUUAUUAUUGAUUGUCAUCUUUCAAAUAAGUUAUAAAAGGGUAAAUUACGUAAAAUUCUAUGUAUUUGUAAUUUCUUCCGUAUGAUAAAAUAAUUUAAAUACAUAGAUACCAAUACCUUCUUCA